AUGGCCGUCCCGACCCUGCUCACCGCCGACGAGCGCAGCACCCACCUUGCUCCCCUGCUUGCCAAGGGCUGGACCAUGGUCGAGGGGCGCGACGCCGUCAAGAAGACCUUCCUCUUCAAGGACUUUGUCCAUGCUUUCGGGUUCAUGUCUCACGUUGCCCUGGUGGCCGAGUCCAAGAACCACCACCCGGAGUGGUUCAAUGUCUACAACCGCGUGGAGAUCACCAUGUCCACGCACGACUGCUCCGGCCUCUCCUUCAACGACAUCAACCUGAUCAAGGUCAUCGAGGAGGCCGCCACCGCCGCCGGCGCCAACCUCUAA